AUGUCUUUUAAUAAAGAAAUACCACCACCGCCCUAUUCAGCAGUCGUUUUAGCACCAAUUCCUGAUAAGCCGUAUGUUAAAGAUUAUUUACCAUGGUCAAUUAUAAAUCUCCUUUUCGGCUGGUGUUUUUUCGGUGUUAUUCCUCUGAUAUUCUCCAUCCUAUGCCGCAAUUAUAAAAAUAAUCAAAACUUCGCAAGUGCACGAACGAUGAGUGCAUUGGCACUAAUGUUCAACAUUUUGAUUACUAUAGGAGGCUUAGUUGCCUGGUCUGUAUUCAUCGCUUUUAUGUAUCUUUAUAUCAUUACCGUUGAUGAUUCAAUACCAAAAUAA